AUGUCUUCCUCGUCGUCUGAUGGUGUUGAUCAAAGAUUAGACGAAGCUUUUGAAGAAAUGUUUGACCAACAAUUUGAUCAUGCAUUCGAGUCAGUAUUUGAUGUUCAAGCUAAAAAACCGAAGAGACGAGCUUAUAUCGAAAGAGAUCGGGAACAAGGUCACAAUAUACUUUGGAACGACUAUUUCAGUGAAAAUCCUACAUACCCACCGCAAAUGUUUAGGCGACGUUUUCGAAUGAAUAAGCCGUUGUUUCUUCGCAUUGUUGAUCGGCUAAAUAAUGAUGUUCCAUACUUUAAGCAACGAAGAAAUGCUCACGGAAGGUACAGGCUCUCCGCACUUCAAAAGUGUACAGCGGCUAUACGUAUGCUGGCAUAUGGACAACCUGGAGAUAUGUAUGACGAAUAUCUCCGACUUGGUGAGAGUACUGCACUUUUAUGUUUAGAAAAUUUCAAUAACGGGAUAAUACAAAUCUUUGGAGAUGAGUAUCUAAGGAGCCCUACACCGGAAGAUCUUCAACAAUUACUCGAUGUUGGAGAGGUACGCGGGUUUCCAGGGAUGAUAGGCAGCAUUGACUGUAUGCAUUGGGAGUGGAAAAACUGCCCAACGGCUUGGAGAGGACAGUACACACGUGGUUCAGCAAAGCCGACAAUUGUCUUAGAGGCUGUGGCAUCACAUGAUCUUUGGAUAUGGCACGCAUUUUUCGGAUUACCAGGUACACUCAACGAUAUUAAUGUUCUUGAUCGGUCACCAGUUUUUGAUGACAUUUUACAAGGUCGAGCUCCUAAAGUAAAAUUCAAGGUCAACGGCCACAACUAUCGUAUCCCGUAUUACCUUACCGACGGAAUUUAUCCGAAAUGGUCAACAUUUAUCCAAUCCAUCCCACUUCCUCAAGGUCCUAAAGCAGAGCUAUUUGCUGAACGUCAAGAAUCCGUCAGAAAAGAUGUCGAACGUGCUUUUGGAGUAUUGCAAGCGAGGUUUGCAAUAGUUAAAAACCCAGCUCGAAUUUGGGACAAGGAAAAGAUAGGUAGGAUUAUGAGAACUUGUGUCAUACUGCACAAUAUGAUAGUUGAGGACGAACGACACGGAUACACUCUGUUUGAUACAUCUGACUUCGAAGCAGGAGAGUCAAGCAGAAGUUCCCAGGUUGAUUUCUCGUACUCUACGGACACCCCAUCCAUUAUCAGUAAUAUGCUUCCCAUUCGCAAUCAAAUUCGAGAUCAACAGAUACAUGCUCGUUUGAAAGCUGAUUUAGUCGAAAAUAUUUGGCUAAAGUUUGGUAAUCCUAAUGAAUAA